UAAUUUACGGUGAUAUGCAUCAUGUAAAGUUGUGUUCAAACACCAAUUCGAGAUCAUAUAAAAAUUUGUGCACUAGAAAAUGAUUUAAGUCGGGAUGAGUAGGUUCGUAUAAGAACACACAUGUGUGCGUACGAGGCAAUAGCCUACGCAUCUUCGUUCGCUAUAUUGCAGCACGUGUCCCGACCAUGCACAUGAAUACAUACAUAUACAUAACGCUUCCUUCAAACAUGCAUAUGUCUAUGCAAGCAACGUUUUGAUUGAGAGUUGAGAAGAAUCUUGUUAGUUAGAAUGGCGGAUCUUAAAGACGAAAGAGGAAACCGGAUCUACCUUACGGACCAACAAGGCAAGCCAGCUCAGCUAGUGGACGAGUUAGGUAACGCGAUGUACGUGACAGGUGUAGCAACCACAGUCCCUCACCUUAAGGAGAGCAGCUACAGUGGUCCACAUCCAAUCACAGCCCCGAUAACGACCACCGAUACACCUCACCACGCACAGCCUAUCUCCGUGUCACACAACCCUGUUGAAGAGCACGGGAUAUCUUCCUCCAACUCUAGGGAUGAAGGAUCAGGAGGGGAAGGUAAUAGAAGGGAUGAAACUAAGACAAGGGUAGGCAGGCACGAGACAUCAACUGCAACCGUAGAAUCAGUAUCGGCUCAUGAAGGAGCGCAGGAGAAGAAGAGUUUGGUUAAGAAGAUUAAGGAGAAACUUUCCGGCCACCAAAUUAUUUAGUAAUUUCUGUGCAAAUGGCUCCUUCUUAAAACUAUGUUUAGUUUAUAAAUGAUUAUAACAAAGUUAUAUGUAAGUCACACACUUUGUAUUAUUCGAACUUUUUUUGGUUGCUUAUCUUUUUGUUCAAAAACAUAAAAAAAUGUUUGUAAUAUCUUCAAUAACGUGAAUUAU